AUGGGGGACAAUUGCCAUGCAAACAACCCAGUGAAUAUUGACUUCCACAGAGAUGACAUUGGUGCAAAUAGUUGUUAUGACCCUGCUACAUUGGGUGAGAUAGGUGCAAUUCGCUUGCCGCAGGGUGGUGGAAACGGAAAUUUUGAAGUCACUAGCACUACACUCUAUCUCAUAUAUUCAAGGGGCCUAUAUAGAGGAUUGGAUCAUGAAGACUCACAUGAACAUAUCCAAAUCUUUUUGGACGUAUGUGCUCCGUUGUCAUUCAAAAAUUGGUCGCAAGAAGCCAUUCGGCUUCGCUUAUUCCCAUUGUCACUGACAGGAGCUGCCACUACGUGGUUGUCUAAGCUUCCCAAAAGUUUUAUCACAUCAUGGAAAGAAUUAGUCACAACUUUCCACAAUAGAUUAUUUCCCCCGUCAAAAAUGAUGAAGUUGAGGGACGACAUUCAGAAUUUCAAACAAAAAGGGAGUAAACCAAUUCAUGAGUCUUGGAUUAGAUAUAAAAGUUCUCUGCGAAAAUGCCCAACACAUGGGCUGCCAAUUGAGUUGUUACUCCAAUAUUUUUACCGAAGUCUUGAUUUAGUCAACAAAGGGAUAACUGAUCAAUUGGUUCAAGGCAACAUAAUGCUGCAGCCCUUUGAGGUGGCCUCAUUUCUCAUAGAUGGUAUGGCGAGAGUAAAUCAAGCUUGGUACACCAAAGAAGAUCAAGUCUUCCCUCUGUGUUUCAGGCUGACGCAAGAGCAACUAGAUAAAGAAAAAGAGAGGGAUGAAAACAUAAAAAAGAUGUUGUCUCAGAUGGAAGAUUUACAAGAGCACAUGAAAGGAAACUAUGAAGUGUUUCACGUAGAGGGGGGUUCUUUUUCCGAUAACUUGAAAUCGGGAGGGAAUCAAGGUCGGAACCACAAAAGGAAUGAGGAGGGUUUCCACUCGCACUAUCAACCGCGGGUUGGAAAUCAAGGUUGGAACCACCCUAGAGCUGAAGGACCUAGGCGAUAUUUCCAAGAGUGGACUGAGCAUAACAAUCAUGAAGAAUUCAAAACUCAAUUGAGUGACAGCCCGACAUCAAGGGGGAAUGACAGUAGCUCUAGGGUGAAUGAUCUACUGACACGAAUUCUUGAGAAAGUUGAUGGCUCUGAUGAUUUGCUAAAGGGAAUGAGAGAUGAUUUUUCUUCACUAAAUAGCAAGGUGAACUCUCAUGCUAAUGCCAUCAAGAAGCUUGAAGGUCAAUUGAAUCUCCUAUCGGUUCAACUAACAACCAAGAUGCCAAAGGAAAAUGAGGAAGAAGAGCUGGCUGUAAUUACCCGUAGCGGAAAGGUAGCGAUAGGUAAUGAAAGAGAAGAACGUGAGGAAAAUCUGGGUGGGGAAGUAGUAGAAAUUACCGAUCAUCAAAACCUCGGCAAGAAAGCACAAGAAGGAAUGAAUCAGCAUAAUGAAACUCCAAAAAUAAUACAAUCCUUAACUAAAAUACCUCCACCUUUUCCCCAGCGUUUGAAAAAGAAGAAUGAGGAUGAGAAGUUUAAAAAAUUCUUAUCUGUGUACAAGAAGUUGUCCAUCAACCUUCCCUUGGUGGAAGCAUUGCUAGAGAUGCCAGGGUAUGCUAAAUUCAUGAAAGAGUUAAUCACCAAGAAGAGGAUCUUGGAUUAUGAAACGAUUGAAGAGCCUCAUAGUUGCAGUGCAAUCAUGACAAAUGAGUUAAUCACUAAAAUAGAAGACCCUGGUGCUUUCACCAUCCCGUGCACUAUUGGAAUACUCUAA